AUGAAGAUAUUAUAUUCUGACCAAACAAAUCCAAUUGGAGCAAGUUCAAGUACAAGAUAUUUAGAUGCAAAUUUAUUUUGUUGUACAAAUACCUAUCUCUCUCCAUCUGUAGGUGGAUCUUUUACAGGUACAAUAUGGGUUCUGGAAAGUGGAGGUGUAAUAGGUGGUGUACAACAAUAUAAGUUGAGGAAUACCGCUGCCAAGUAUGUAGGAGCUGAAACUGUAAAUAUUUACCUUACAUGUGAUUUCGAAACUCUAGAUGUAAUAUUGGGACCUUCCACACCAAACAACUCUCAUCAAAGUAGUAGAUGGACUGCAAUUUUAAAUGAUUAUGGUGACUAUUCAUUCCAAUGCCAAUCGGAUAAUCCAUUGAUCACCGGACAAUGGUUUAUUGAUGCAAUGGUAUUCCCAAAUCAAGGUAGAGCUUUGGGUUCUGUUUAUCUAUCUCCUUCAAACAGUCCUAGUUACUCUGGUACCCAUUGGUAUGUUUCAAACCUUGUCUAA